GACAAAAUUAAAAAUAUUAAAAUAGCAUUCUGUCAAUUUCAAAAUUGGCAACUAAGGAAGUAAAUAUAAACAUCUGGAGAAUGGCUGGUUUUGGUUUCGCGGGACGACGAUCUUUUUAUAAAUGGAUAAACACAAUUUUCAAUAAGGUUGAUAAUCACCGUAUAAAAGAAGUAGGACCUGACCGAGCAGCUGCAGAAUGGCUUUUGAGAUGUGGUGCAUCUGUUAAAUGGAAAGACCAAAAAUGUUGGGUGUCAGAUUAUAAUUCCCUGGAAGUAAACACAAAAUUGCAGCAUGUUAUUGAAGAUAUUGAUGCUACAGAAUCAUGCAUAAUGAAUGAAGGAUUUCAUUACUUCAAUGGUCUGAAUAAUUUAAGAAAAAUCAAGUUCCGUAGAUGUAUUUAUUUGGAUGAUACCUGCAUUCAUAAGUUGACUGAGACUGAUGUUAAAAAUUCUUUGCAGCAUCUUGAAAUAAUUAGUUGUGGCAAUAUAACUGACAAUGGUGUUCUUGGUGUAACAAAAUUUAAGAAUUUAAAGAAGCUCCAUCUCUUUGAUCUACCAGAGGUGAACAGGGAAUGUCUAUGUGUUCUUAUCAAGAGUCUACCUGAUUGUGAUAUUGAUUUCCCAGAGAAGAAAUCCUCUAAUGAUGUGUGAUAAGACAAAGUCUAACUAUAAACCAUCUCUUUUUGUAUUUGAAAAGAAUUGUAAGAAUAAUUUAUGAAUAUUUUUGUCUAGCAAUUAUGCAAUCUGAAGAGUAAAAUGAGUGUUCUAAAUUUGUUUAUGAGUUAUUUGCAGUGCCAGUAAUUGAACUUCACCUGUUAUUUGUUCAUUUAUUUUAAAUUUGCAGAGAAAUAAUUUUCAAGCUCUUGGUUAAAAAUGGCAUUUCUGGAAAACAACUGAAGUUUGAUUUUCGUAGAGAAUAGUGUUAAAUAUAUCGUUACAAAAAUGAUUUUGUAUGUUCACUAGUCUCAAGAUUUUUAUAUGUAUGUAUUUUGUUGCAAAAAAUAAAUUUUAUCUUUAAAAAAUAAAA